AAACACAACUCAACGACCUUGUUUUAUCUCUCCCCGAAAUCCACAAAAUAGCGCGCACACAAACACAAUACAUUAUAAGACUUCAGUCGCCAAUUACCCAAACUAGGGUUUCGGCUUCGUCGGAAGCCAUAGCUGAAUGCUGCAUUCCUUUGAAUAAAGAUUUAUGGUUUUGAAGAUUUCGGAGUAUGUAAUCAAUUGCAAGAAUGGAUUUUUGUUCGGUCAAAUGCUUGUUUAUAUAUUUGUGGAAGCUCUAUUUAGGGUAAUUUGAAGAUGCAUUGUUAAUUAGAAUUACGGUGAAUAAUUAACAUUACGAGGCAUAACCCUUCGAUGUAUUGAUUUUUUUAAAAAAUAAAUCUUUUGGAUUGUUUUGUUUUGUAGUUUGAUGGUCCUUUCUUUUGUUUAUUUAUAUGAAAACAGCUUUAUAUGGUUAUGUUUUUACAUCUCAUUUAGAGAGGAAUAAUGGAGAAGGAGCUAAGUGAGCUAUUUGAGUCGGUGAAGAGAGCUGCAGAUGAGGCUGAGAACUCACCUGGGGAAGAGGAUCGAUGUCUUGAUGAAUUAAAGAAGCUCAAGAAGUUCCCUGUUAAUUAUCAAGUCCUUGUGUCCACACAGGUGGGGAAACGUCUCCGCCAAUUGACUAAACAUAGAAGUGAUAAGAUCAAAGCACUGGCUUCUGAUGUGGUUGAUAUUUGGAAAAGCAUAAUUGUCAAAGAAACAAUGAAAAACAAGAAGAAUGGCAAUAGUGAAAAUAGUGAUUCCGUGAAAACCGAGUCUCCUCGUUCAGAAGCUAAUGGGGCUAAGAAUUUUCAAAGGACAAACUCAAUGAAAUCGGAUCAAAACUCUCCAGCGCCUAAGAAAUUGAAGGUCGAUAACUCUGAUAAAUCCAUGAAGUCAGGAAGUUCCUCCAGCGCCAAAAUUGAGAAAGUCGAAGUCCAGAAAACAAAGAAUGGCGCUGAAGAGGUCAAAGCAAGUCCUGCAGUGCGUAAACCACAGUCAACUCCUACUGCCCCGCCAAAACUAUCUUCUUUGGUAUCCUGCAAAGACCCAUUGAGGGACAAAGUCCGGGAAAUUCUUGCUGAAGCGCUGUGCAAGGUAUCCGGUGAGGCUGAUGCCGAUCUGAAAGAUAGAGUUGAUCAACAUGAUCCAAAUCGUGUUGCUGUUCAAGUGGAGAGCGCCAUGUUUGAGAAGUGGGGCAAGUCUAACGGCCCGCACAAGUUCAAAUACAGGUCCGUGAUGUUCAACAUCAAGGAUCAAAACAACCCGGAUUUCCGGAGGAAAGUCCUGAUUGGGGAGUUCAAGCCAUUCGAGAUUCUAGAGCUGACGCCUGAACAGAUGGCUAGCGAUGCAAGACAGAUGGAGAACGAAGAGAUAAAGCAGAAGGCGCUGUUCAACAGCGAACGAGCAGCUGCUCCCAAGGCUAGCACGAACGAGUUUAGAUGCGGGCGGUGCAAGAAGAAGGAAUGCACCUACUAUCAGAUGCAGACGAGGAGUGCCGAUGAGCCCAUGACGACGUUCGUGACCUGUGUAAACUGCAAUAACCACUGGAAGUUCUGCUGAUCUCAUCAUUCAGCUCUCUAGAUUGUUUCAUUUCUUAGGGUUUUGGUUUUUUAGAGCAGAGCUCAUUUGUUGUAGGAGGCGAACGACCUUAUUGUGAGGAGGACUACAUUUUUGGUCCUUGUAUCUUAACCAUAAUGUUUACUUUGCGUCAUUUUUAGUUAUGGAUUCUGAAUUCUGCCGCUUUGCAUUUGUGUAAUAGUAUUCAAUGGUGCAAAUUAUGGUA